AUGAGUGAUGGAAGAAAAGCAAUAGAACAAUCACAUUUCAAAUGGAAAACUGGACCAUCUGAGCUGUGGGGAGAAGGACAGCUGUCAAACAAAGGGGAAAGAGAAGGAAUAUGUGUUACACAGGAAGAAAAGGGCGGCGGCGGGCGGGCGCCGGGCCGGGGCGGCGAGGACUCGGAGGCCAAGGGCCGGUUCCGCGUGAACUUCGUGGACCCGUCGGCUGAGAGCCCGGGGGAGCCCGAGGCGCCCGGCUACCCCAACGGCGGCGAUACGGUGCGCAGCGAGGGCAGCAUGGUGUCGGGCGGCGCCGGCGGGGCCCCGCACUACUGCUACGACACGCACACCAACACCUACUACCUGCGCACCUUCGGUCACAACACCAUGGACGCCGUGCCCCGCAUCGAUCACUACCGCCACACGGCCGCCGAGCUGGGCGAGAAGCUCAUCCGGCCCAGCCUGGCCGAGCUGCACGACGAGCUGGACAAGGAGCCUUUUGAAGAUGGAUAUGCAAAUGGUGAAGAAGGGACUCCUACAGGGGAAGCUGCUGCUGCUUAUACUGCUGAUAGUAAAGGGGUAGUCAAGUUUGGCUGGAUAAAAGGUGUAUUGGUACGAUGCAUGUUGAAUAUUUGGGGUGUGAUGCUCUUCAUCAGACUGUCAUGGAUUGUAGGACAGGCUGGAAUAGGUCUGUCUGUCUUAGUUAUUGCAAUGGCCACUGUUGUGACAACUAUCACAGGACUGUCUACUUCAGCAAUAGCUACAAAUGGAUUUGUAAGAGGAGGAGGAGCAUAUUAUUUAAUUUCCAGAAGCCUGGGACCUGAAUUUGGCGGUGCGAUAGGUUUGAUCUUUGCAUUUGCUAAUGCUGUUGCAGUAGCAAUGUAUGUGGUUGGUUUUGCAGAGACAGUUGUAGAGCUCCUCAAGGACAAUGGUGCACUUAUGGUGGAUGAAACGAAUGACAUCAGAAUUAUAGGAGCUAUCACAGUAGUUAUAUUGUUGGGUAUCUCUGUAGCGGGAAUGGAGUGGGAAGCGAAAGCGCAGAUUGUUCUGUUAGUGAUCCUGCUACUUGCUAUUGGGGACUUUGUCAUAGGAACUUUUAUUCCAGUGGAGAGCAAGAAGCUUAAAGGUUUCUUUGGUUAUAAAGCUGAAAUAUUUACUGAGAAUUUUGGACCAGACUUCAGAGGUGAGGAAACAUUCUUCUCUGUGUUUGCCAUUUUCUUCCCUGCUGCAACUGGUAUUCUUGCUGGCGCAAAUAUCUCAGGUGACCUUGCGGAUCCCCAAUCAGCCAUACCUAAAGGAACAUUGUUGGCCAUCUUAAUCACUACUCUGGUUUACACGGGAGUUGCAGUAUCUGUAGGUUCUUGUGUUGUUCGGGAUGCCACAGGCAACGUUAACCAUACCAUCUUCACCGAAUGGACAAAUUGCACUACUGCUGCUUGCAAGUUAAACUAUGACUUCUCAUCUUGUCAGAAGACAGAGUGUCCAUAUGGUCUGAUGAAUAACUUUCAGGUAAUGAGCAUGGUAUCAGGAUUUGCACCACUGAUUUCUGCAGGCAUUUUCUCAGCCACCCUUUCAUCUGCACUGGCCUCCUUAGUGAGUGCACCUAAGAUUUUCCAGGCUUUAUGCAAGGACAAUAUCUACCCUGGUUUCCUAAUGUUUGCUAAAGGUUAUGGGAAGAACAAUGAACCAUUAAGAGGAUAUAUGUUAACAUUCUUAAUAGCUCUUGGAUUCAUAUUAAUUGCUGAACUGAAUGUCAUCGCUCCAAUCAUCUCCAACUUCUUCUUGGCUUCAUAUGCCUUAAUUAAUUUCUCUGUGUUCCAUGCUUCACUUGCAAAAUCUCCAGGUUGGCGUCCUGCUUUUAAGUAUUACAAUAUGUGGAUUUCUCUAAUUGGGGCAAUUCUGUGCUGCAUAGUAAUGUUUGUCAUUAAUUGGUGGGCAGCACUGUUAACAUAUGUCAUAGUCCUCGGACUCUACAUUUAUGUCACUUACAAGAAACCAGAUGUGAACUGGGGAUCCUCUACACAAGCCCUGACUUACCUGAAUGCACUGCAGCAUUCUAUUCGUCUUUCAGGUGUUGAAGACCAUGUGAAAAACUUCAGGCCUCAAUGCCUUGUGAUGACAGGUGCUCCAAACUCACGCCCAGCUUUGCUUCAUCUUGUUCAUGCUUUCACAAAAAAUGUGGGUCUGAUGGUCUGUGGUCAUGUACACAUGGGUCCUCGCAGGCAAGCCGUAAAGGAAUUAUCUACUGACUUGGGCAAAUAUCAGCGAUGGCUUAUUAAAAACAAGAUGAAGGCCUUCUAUGCACCAGUACAUGCAGAAGAUUUGAGGGAUGGAGGACAGUAUUUAAUGCAGGCAGCUGGUCUGGGUCGAAUGAGACCGAACACUCUUGUUAUGGGAUUUAAGAAAAAUUGGAGACAGGCUGACAUGAGAGAUGUGGAAACUUAUAUCAACUUACUGCACGAUGCCUUUGACAUUCAGUAUGGUGUAGUUGUCAUUCGCCUAAAAGAAGGGUUGGAUAUUUCUCACCUUCAGGCACAAGAAGAGUUACUAUCCUCUCAAGAAAAAUCUCCAAGUUCUAAAGAUGUUAUAGUAAAUGUAGACUACAGCAAGAAGACUGAGACAGAUACUUCUAAGGCUUUUUCUCCACCAUCCAGUGAAAAAACUCCUGUUCUACAAAAAGAGGAGGAAGAGGAUGGCAAGACUCCAACACAACCACUAUUGAAAAAAGACUCUAAAGGUCAUUCUUCUCCCUUAAACUUGACUGACCAAAGACUUCUUGAUGCUAGUACUCAGUUUCAGAAGAAACAAGGAAAAAACAAUAUUGAUGUUUGGUGGCUUUUUGAUGAUGGAGGUUUGACAUUGUUGAUUCCUUAUCUUCUGACAACGAAGAAGAAAUGGAAAGACUGUAAGAUCAGAGUUUUUAUUGGUGGAAAAAUAAACAGGAUAGAUCAUGAUAGGAGAGCAAUGGCUACUCUACUUAGCAAAUUUCGGAUAGACUUCUCAGAUAUCAUGGUUCUUGGAGAUAUUAAUACAAAGCCAAAGAAGGAAAAUGUUGCGGCUUUUGAAGAAAUGAUAGAGCCAUUCAGGCUUCAUGAAGAUGAUAAAGAACAAGAUGUUGCAGAUAAAAUGAAAGAAGAUGAGCCUUGGAGAAUAACAGAUAAUGAACUUGAACUUUACAAGACUAAGACCCACCGCCAGCUUAGGCUAAAUGAGCUGCUGAAAGAACAUUCAAGUACAGCUAAUAUAAUUGUAAUGAGUUUGCCACUUGCAAGAAAAAGUGCAGUAUCUAGUGCGCUAUACAUGGCUUGGUUAGAAGCUCUAUCAAAAGACCUGCCACCGGUCCUCCUUGUUCGUGGGAAUCAUCAGAGUGUUCUUACUUUCUAUUCCUAAAUGUACUGCACAACAGACAGCUGUGAUGAAAUGGUACUCUUGUGCCUACAGGAGAGUGACUGAAAUGUUCUGUAGAUUAUUUACAUCACAAAGGCAAAAGGACUCUUCUUUCACUAUUCCACUGACUUGAAAGCACACAAGGAACAUCACUGUAUUUCUAAAGUUGUGAAAUCUUCAGUUUCAUUCUAAAUCUUCUGUAACUUAAUCUUGCUUAAUGGGGGAGGAUUCCUUGUUAGACUGAAGAACAAGAAAACAAGCUUUUUCUUUGCUACUUGAAUAGCAGCAAUAAAAGUUUUAUUUUUGAUCAAUGAAAGGAGUAUAGAUUUAUAAAAGCCUUUUAGCCUUGAGGUGCCUUCUGAAAUUAACCAAAUUUCAUCCAUACACCCUAUUUUAUAAAUUUAUAUAGAAUGUCAAAAUCUGCCUUCAACUAAGACUUUAGGUCAGACUUCCUUUAGUUUUUAGUCUCUUCCAUCUUACAAUAAAAACGAAUGCUGCUUUUCGGUCUUCCAUCAAGCUGUUAGUUUUUAGUACUGUAUGUUUUCUAUUGUUCAGAAUGUUUGUUUUUUUAUGAUAUCUGUUAGAUUUGAAACAAAGGUGAGGAUUGGGGCAGGUCAGUUGGAAUAAAAAACAAGUUCAUAAUGAUGUUGUCCAAAACUUUGUACUACUAAAUUUGUACAACUUAAAAUAAAUUAAUUGUACUAGAUAAAUGAGGAGGACCCUUUUCUCAAAUUUGACAUUGUGUACUUCUUUGCCAUUAAUGAAACAUGUACAACUGGCUACCUUGGUGAAGGUUAGCGUGUCAGUCUUUACUCUGUAGCUCUGACAUGAAACUGUAUUCCUGUUCUAGACUGCUGACAAAAAUUUGGAUUAUUCUAGUUUGUGUUUGGGGGAGGGGGAGAGGGGUUGUAUUUAAACAAAGAAGGACCUGUCCUAGUUCCUGACCUUCAGAUCUUGGUGUCACUUAUUUAAAAUAAAUAAAUAAAUAGGUUAACAUAAGGCUCAGGAAGAAACACGAGCUAUGUGAUGCCAUCUAACAGAAUACAGUAAACACUAUGUGGACUUGUACUAGGUCAUCCAGUAGAUAAAAUGUAAAAGCUAAAGUUCUCAAACUUUUCAUCAAAUGGUUAAAUGGACCAUUAGUUAUUAGGGGAGAUGUUUUUAGGUCAAUUCAUUCAGUUGUCAGAAAACAGAUUAAGUCUUAUUAAAUACUCAGGUUUGAUCAUCUAGAAAUUUAGAUUUAAUCAAUAUGUAUUUUACACACUUUUCAUGUUUAAGAAAACUGCCAAUGUGUGUCCCCCUCCUCCCAUGUGUGUUUUGACUACUUCAUAACUUAGUCUACUAUGGACACCUACACAAGAAACUUCACUUAUGCCUUGAAGCAGAGGUUAAUAAUGUGAACUGUAUUUUUAAUUCCUGUCUCUUUUGCAAGAAAGGAUUACCUAAAAACAUUUCACAACCUUUGGUAUUGAUACUAGGCAUAUUACUGGGUCAACUUAGUAGUGUUUCAAUGAUUUUCACUGAUGCAUAGGAAAAGGUGUAUUUUACUGCUAACCAUAAAAACAAAUGUAGAUGCUCAGUAAUAGGUCCUUUUUGAAUGGCAAAGCUAUUAGUUGUCAUGUGGCAAGAUAGUUUCAAAUGGUUACAAAUGGAGAGAGCAAAAUACAUUCUGCUUAGUGCAGUAUACACUGCUGGUAAACAGCAAAAUGAUCUCCUUUUUUUUUUUGCUGCUGGUUUCCACCAGUGUGGAUCUGCAUCUAUUGAAUUGCUUCAAUUUUUAGAAGGGCAGCAUGUUUUGUUGUCAUGUAUGAAGUGAACUUAAUGCCAGGGUAGACCUUGGGAAGAUAAAUUCUCCUAGAACUUAUUA